UCCUCUGCGAAUCCGAAGACUUUCGUAACCUCAUCCGAAAUCUUAGCUUCCCAAGUGUAAGUAGUUAUACAUCAACAUCGAAAUCAAAAUCCACCGCUUGGUUUUCGCUCUUCCCCGAUCUCAGAUUCGUCUUCUCGAGUAAAUUGCGUGAUCGGUGACCUAGAAUACGAAGAAGAAGAGGGGGAAAAAUGGCGAUCAGUAUGAAACAGAUGUCGCUGAUUGUGUCUGCGUUUGGUGUCUUGUCGUUUGUGUUCGGAGUGAUCGCGGAGAAUAAGAAGCCUGCAUCUGGAACGCCGAUAAGCGGAAAAGGGGUCGUUAUCUGCAAGUAUCCGUCUGAUCCGACUGUUGUCUUGGGGUAUUUAUCCGCCGCGUUUCUUGUGGCGAGUACUGCUGCCGGGUACAAGUCUUUGUUCAUGUCUUACAAGGGAAAGUCUGUUCCUUGCUCUGUCCUGUUCAAAAGCACCAGUUUCUCAGUGUUCUUCAACAUUGCCUUGAUAACAUCGGGACUGGCAUUGUCCCUGUUGCUAUGGCCAACACUCACAGAGCAAUUCCACUUGAGCCGCAACAUCCACCGCAACAUGGAAACCGAUUGCCCCACGGCCAAGACGGGACUUCUCGGUGGCGGCGCCUUUGUGUCCCUCGACUCGUGCCUUUUCUGGUUAGUCGCUCUAAUGCUCGCUGAUAACGCCCGGGAGGACCAUUUCGACGAAGUCGAGAACAGACGCACCGGCGGUUCGAGGGACGUGGAUGUGAAGAUCGACACAUGAAGUGUGCCCCUGGUUCGGUUAAUGGAUAAUAAACUGUUUCUUUUGGUUUUAGACUUUUGAUUGAUUAUCACUAUAUUCCAAAGCUUGUUUCCUGAACUCCGUAAUAGACCAGCUUGAUGCUUAUUGUUAUUUCUAGUUGGUAUAUAUUCCCGUCAGAUUUUUCUGUUC